GGUGUGUUUACAUGUGACACGCCCAUAUUAAAAAUGGCUACACGUGGAAGAGGGAGAGGGAGAGGAGGCAAUAGACUCAAAGUUGGUGAGACACAGCCUUCAGAAAGGAAGCCAAAGCCGGUCAGAUCAUUGAUCGAGCUCUCAGAAUACCUGCACACACUUAACGAGUCGAAUUUCCCGAAUUAUGGUCAGAUGUUUAGUGACAUGACGCUCGAGUUUGCAUCAAGUAGCCCAGAGAACAUGAACUCAACCGUUGACCUCAUCUUUAGCACCACAAUAGAGUCACGUGAUCAUGCAACCCUUGGUGCCAGAGUCUGCCAGAAGAUCGUAAUGCACGUACCAACCGACACGGAAUCCAAAAAAGCCCAACGAACCUCAUUUCGUCAAACUCUACUCGGCCGUUUUCAAUCCGAGUAUUCAAAAAAGGACUCAACUAGAAAAUUAUCAAUAGAAUCAUGGCUGGCAAUUUUCUCUUUUUUGUGCGAGAUAUUUAAUUACGUGCGAGUCAAUGACAACCCACUGUCAGUGAUAGGGAAAGCUAUCCUCUCGACUAUGGAGUGGCUCCUUAAUCUUGAUGAUGUCAUAGACGAUGAGAUUGAGUGCGUAUGUGAUAAUCUUAAAAGUAUCGGCGCCACAUUAGAGGCUGUAAGCGCUGAGAAGACCUCACUCGUUUUCUCUGCUUUGAGGACAAAAAUAAUUUCUCGGACGACCACCUGUCGCAUUCGUUGCAUAUCACUUGAAGUCGUGGAAUAUCGUGCUAUGGGCUGGCAGGAUAAGAAGAAUGAAUUAGAGUCUUAUUAUAUGGACGCUAUUGCUGACGCUGCAGCUGAAGAUGAAGAUGAUUUAUCUUGAGAGAGAGAGACUCUCCUAACUCAUUACAGGAGCAUUUCAUUUGAUUAUGUCAACUCUCUUAAUUACAUUAGAUAAGUAUUUUUGUUAUAAUUAUUGUUGUUUGUUUACAAUAUCUGACUUGAAUUUUUUUUAUCAACUUUAUUUGCUCUCCCUCCCUCCCUCUCUUUCUCUACCCUUACUCCUUGCACCACAUUUGAAAUGAUCUACAAUAAUUACACGUUUAUGCAAAUGAUGCAAUAUACUAUAGUAAAAUAUAA